CAUCCAUCGCAACGCUGCCAACAUCUCCGCUGUAUACAUUCCUAACUUAUUAGAUAUUCUUCUGUUGAUUCCAAUUUCUUUUGCUGGCAUAGCCACCCCAACGAAACAAACUGACUAGUCGUGCUGGCAUCUCAUGAAGAACACUUGUGUGGUAACAGUUUAAAAAGCCAAUCACAAACAAGUCGGAAGUUCCCUUAUUUGCAACAGUGGCCUGAUCCUUGACGACCAAUAGGCACUUCUCCGCUGCCAAUUAGGCUCGUGUUCUUCGGAUGAAAGUCUUUAUUCGCCUCAGGUGGUUCAGUUGUUAACAAGUUUAAUUUGUUAAUUUUUAAAUGUUCGACUUUUUCACUCUACCGAUACCGGACGGACUAGAUUUCGGCCUCACAUGACAGCAUGUCCCGCAUCUGCAGAUUUUCUCGCCUUUGUAAAGCCCCCUCGAUGCCGUGGCUCGCUCUUCACCUGUCACUGUGCGUGUGUAUCGCACUCCCUCCUGGAGCCGAACAGGAACGGAUGAAUGGAAUGAUUGGUUCAUCAGUGUUACUGGAUCCUAAAGUCAAAGCUGAUCCCAGCAAGCAGGAAAUAAUUUGGACAUUCAUCGCCAGGCACAGAAGCCCGCUCACGAUUUUGCAUCACAUCCCGGAUUACGGGAAGUGGGCAGAGCCCAGUGAGCAGUUCAGAUCACGUUUACAAUUUAUUCCAUCCAACGGCUCUCUGAUGAUAAAUGGAUUAAAGGUCGGGGACCAAGGAGAUUACAGCUUCAUGGCAGCUGAUCGUACACUAAAAAUAAUACAGCUGUUCCUCUUCCGUCCUCUGUCAGAGGAUCUGAUCGUCAUCAAUACCACCUUCAUCGGUUCCACCAUCCUGCUCACCUGUAAGGUCGAUGGGGAUCCUCUUGAGUAUCAGUGGUGGAAAAAUGGAGUCCAAGUCUGCUAUAAUGCCCAGAUGAGAGAUGGCAACAGGACUCUCCUGAUCCAGAAUGAUACAUGGCUCGAGAGUACUACGUACGUGUGUGUGGCACACAAUCCAGUCAGCUCCGUCAGGAAGGAUUACAUCCUGACAAGACCUGAGGUGGCAUUUGGCAGCAGCCUUAUAAUCUUGAACAAACAUUUCACAGUGAUUGGAUGUGGACUAGUCUGGUAUCUGAUGUCAUCUGGAACGUAGGACUUUUAAUGCCAUCAUCCCUUGAAAGCGAAUCAAUAAACGCCAGGACCUGGGUCUGAAAACCCGCUUGUUCAAUUGGAUCCUGGAUUUCCUCACAGACGAGAGAACCUGCAGAUGCUGGAAAUCUGAGCAACAUGGAGGAACUCAGCAGGCCAGGCAGCAUCGACGGAAUAAAGGACAGUGGACAUUUCGGGCCAAAACCCUUUGACAGGACUGGAAAAAAUGCUGAGUUGUUUAUUUAAAAGGCUGUGGGGGGAGGGAAGGGAGAAACACAAGGUGAUAGGUGAAACUGGGAGGGAGAGGUGAAGUAAGGAGCUGGGAAGUUCAUUGGUGAUAAAUACAGGGCUGGAGAAGGGGGAGUCUGAUAGGAGAGGACAGAAGGCCAUGGAAGAGAGAAAAGGGGGAAAGAGCACCAGAGGGAGGCAAUAAGGAGACAAGGUGAGAGAGAGAACAUGGGAUGUGGUAUGGUGAAGGAGUGGGGAGGAAAAUUACCAGGAGUUUGAGAAAUCGAUGUUCAUGCCAUCAGUUUGGUGGCUACCCAGAUGGAACAGACAGACAGACAUACUUUAUUGAUCCAGAGGGAAAUUGGGUCUCAUUACAGCUGCACCAACCAAGAAUAGUGUAUAAAUGUAGCAAUAUAAAACCAUAAAUAAUUAAAUAAUAAUAUGAUAGUCAUAAGUUAACAUAAGGUGUUGUUCCUCAAACCUAAUUGCUUCCAGUAAUGCAGCAACCCCCUUCACCAUUCCCCAUCCCAUUUUAUCUCUCAUCUUAUCUCCUUGUCCAUCCGUCGCGUAUGAAGGUUUGAGAUCAGAGGCUUUCUUCUAGAUGAGCUGCCAGCCACAGCUGAUGAGCCCCAUCUGCCUGAAGUAACUGGUUUUAUGCACCAGUAGCCCACCUUUGCGUUUCCUGUCAGUAGAAACAGUUCUGCAGGGCUUAUCAGCUAAGCACAUGUAAAGGCCAGGAGCGGGACUUGGUUGUCAGAGGCUAUUUGAAGCACACACCAUUGGGAGCUUAUCUCCAAUACCCUCCUCCACCAUCCUUGACGACAAUAACUACAUUAAGGAACCCUUGCUAUGACCACCAUAAUCAUUAAUUCAAUAAGUCCCCCAUUGUCACUACUCAACAAGUACCUGGAGCCAGGUCUGUUUAUCUAUCCACACAAUAGUCAAGGGCAAGUGCAAUCUCCAUGGCAAUUCACAUGGCUGUAGACCACAUGGACAAUACAAACAAUAAAAAGUCAUCAACUAGCUCAGAAUUUAACACCGUGAUUUCCACAAUCCUGAUUGAUAAGUUACAGAACCAGGGUUUCUGUACCUCCAUCUGCAAUUAGGUCCUCAAUUUUCUAACCAGAAGACCACAAUCUGUAGAUUGCUGAUGAUCAACACUGGUGCACCUCAGGGGUGAGUGCUUAGCCCACUGCUCUAUGCUCUAUAUACCUAUGACUGUGUGUCUAGGCGUAGAUCAAAUACCAUUUAUAAAUUUGCUGAUGAUACAACCAUUGUUGGUAGAAACUCAGGUGGUGAUGUGUGGGUGUACAGAAGUGAGAUGUGCCAACUACUGGAGUGGUGUCAUAGCAACAACCUUGCACUCAAUGUCAGGAAGAUGAAGGAGCUGACUGUGUACUUCAGGAAUGGUAAGAUGAAAGAAUGCAUACCAAUCAUAGAGAGAUCAGAAAUAGAGUGAGCAGUUUCAAGUUCCUUGGUGUCAAGAUCUCUGAGGACCUAAUCUGGUCCCAACAUAUCGAUGCAGUUAUAAAGAAAGCAGGACAGUGACUAUAUUUCAUUAGGAGUUUGAAGAGAUUUGGUAUGUCAACAAAAACACUCAAAAACUGCUGUAAAAGUACUGUGGAGAGCAUACUGACAAGCUGGACCACUGUCUGAUAUGGGGGGUGAAAUGAUACUGCACAGGACCGAAAGAAUCUGCAGAGGGUUGUAAAUUUAGUCAGCUCUAUUCAGGAACAGCUCCUUCCCCUAUGCCAUCCAAUUCCGGAAUGGAAUUUGAAUGCAUGAACACUAUUUUAAUAUAUAUUUCUAUUUUUGCACAAUGUUUAAUCUAUUUAAUGUACACAUACUGUAAUUGAUUUACUUAUUUUUCUUCUGUAUUAUGUAUUUCACUGUUCUGCUGCUACUAAGUCAAUAAAUUUCACAGCACAAGCUGGUGAUAAGAAACCUGAUUCUGGUUCCUUUUCUGCUGCUGCUUCCUGCCUGUCCCCAAAGUCCUGGGCAGCUUCUGGAGUUUUGCUCUGCCAAGUCAUUGUCUGCACUGCAAUCUCUUUCUUUGCUCUCACACACAGCAAGUGGAACUUUCCUGAUCAGAUCAUACCUGUCAUAUACAAUUCCUUGCUGGUGUGAAACUCACAGAGUAAACAGUAUAUCUUUACUCAGAGAAUGGCGGAUGCCUGCAAUGCACUGCCUCAUACGGUGGUAGAGGCCAAUACAUUAGAGACUUUAAAGGGAUGUUUAGACAGGCACAUGGAUGUGAGGAAGGUGGAGGGAUAUGGACAUUGUGUAGGGAGGAGGGACUAGUGUUCGGGUGUUUUUGAUUUGCUUUUUAGCUGGUUUGGCACAACACAGGAUUUCAUUUAAGGUCAAACCCACUAACACAUGGUGGAUCAGCCAAGAUUAGUAACUAACAAGACAGUGGGACUCCGAAUUACACCCAACAACCAAUAUCCAAGGCAUGCAGGUGUGUGGUCAAGAGGUCAUGAUCUUGGUUAUUGACCCCAGUCCCAUAAAUUCUCACAGAAUUAUCAAAUCUGAGGAAGGAGGCCUGAUUGCCAUCUCCCUCAGCUGCUGGAUCAGGACUCCCCCUGACUGAAUUCCACUUGGAGGCAGUCAUGAGGAGGAGGAGACAGGACCUACCCUGUUACAUAGUCCUGAAGGACACAUCUGUUCGUGGGGCAACAGAAGGCAUGCAAACAGCCAGAGAACGUAAUCAAUGUGAUGAACACAACAAUGUGAAGUCCAAAUGCAGUCCAUUUCCAAAACUCUGUCAAGUCCAGAAAUGUAAUGAUUAGAGACCUGAUAAUCUGAGAGGAUUGGAAAUUUUAUCAAAUUAACUAUCUGUUCCUCACCUGUAUUUUUCUGUAAAGAGACUGGCUUUGAAAUGGAGAAUGUUAGAAACCAAAAAAAAGGGAUUGAACUUGGAGCAAAGAUCCCACAGUAAUGGUCAGCAAUUCACUCAGUGCUAAUCAGGAAACUAAACUAAUGAGAUGCAGUGAUCCCAUUCCCAAUACUGACGUUCAUGCUUCUUACACAGCUUCUGGGCAUAUAGAAGUUGGUAGGCAGAGUGGGCAUUUGUAUUUGCAUCUAUGCUUGGGGCUUGCAUUGAUUGAUAUCAACUUGUUUCUGGGCUUUGUCGUUUGGGUGGGAUUUUUUUCUUUUUUUCUCCCCAUUAUGGAAUCCCGGAGCAUACGUCAAUUAUUUUUAGUGUUGUUCAUCGCUGCCAUUUUCGACUAUCCUAUCCUGAUGUGCGUCUAACUACUGAUUUUAGAUACAAAAUUCCAUGAUGAUAUUUAAACAGUUAAAUGUUUUAACUUGGAAUGUUCGCAGUUGGAAUCAUCCUAUUAAGUGUGAGAAUACAUUUAAAGUUAUUAACUGAUUCCAGCCUGAUAUAAUCUUUGUUCAAGAGACGCAUAUCAGGUUAUGUCAUAAAAAUCGAUUUUUUAAAUUGUGGAAGAGUCCUCAGUUUCACACAAACUCCCAGAGUAAAUCUAGAGGUGUUUCUAUUUUUAUUGAUUCCAAUAUCACAAGUGGAGGAUAUAGCUGAUAUUAAUGGUAGAUUUUUUGACUGUUAAAAGAAUAAUUUGAAAUAGGAAAAUGGUUUUGGUUAAUAUUUAUGGACCAAAUGUUGAUGAUCCCUCAUUUUUUAAAACCAUUUUUAUUCUAUUACCCAAUUUAAAUGAAUAUAUGUUAUUAAUGGGUGGUGAUCUUAAUACUUGUCAAAAUCCUUUAAAGGAUAAGUCAUCAUCCAAAUAUCAACUCCUUAAUCGGUCUGCAUCACUUAUUAAUACAUUUUUAAUAGAUUACAGUUUAAUUGAGAUCUAGAGGCAUAUGCACCUGAGUGAUAGAGAACACUCUUUUUCUUCUCACAUAUUAAUAAUAAAUAUUCAAGAAUCGACUAUUUUAUAGUUGACCCUCAACUUUUAUUCAAUGUUCAGAAAUGUGAGUAUGAUGCUUUUGCUAUUUCUGAUCAUGCUCCUUUAAACUUAAUAUUUGAACUGAAAGCUAUUUUAUAAUUACAAAAAAUUUGAAACCUCAAUGUGUUCUCUCUCGAUGCAGAAAAGGCAUUUGAUAGUGUUGAGUGGCCAUAUUUGUUUAAAGUAUUAGAAAAAUUUAGUUUUGGUAAUAAUUUCAAUAGAUGGAUUCAAAUGAUUUAUAAGAAUCCUAUUGCCGCAGUCAUUACUAAUAACUGCCAGUCUUCUUUUUUCUCACUUUCUCAUAGCAAUAGACAGGUAUGUCCAUUAAGUCCUUUAUUAUUUAAUCUUGUAUUGGAGUCCUUAGCUAUAAAACUACUUGAAGCUAAAAAUAUUCAUGGUAUCUCUAUGAAUGGAACCAUAUAUAUGAUUUCUCUUUAUGCAGAUGAUCUUUUUGUUUUUAUUUCAAAUCUUGAGGAAUCAAUUCCCAAUCUUUUGGAAACACUUAAAGAUUUUGGUAAAUUUUCAGGAUGUAAACU